AUGUCUUUUGCACCACCGCCAGGACCACCCCCGCCUUCUGCUCCGGAUGGCUGGAAACCGCAGUUUGAUGACCGAUAUAAGCAAUGGUACUUUGUGAAUUUGCAUACCGGUAAAUCGCAAUGGGAACCCCCAACGGGGCCUGCUCUACCUAAGGAGCAACAUGCCCCGCCGAGCGGGCCGCCGCUCUCUUAUGAGCAAUCCGGUCCUGCCAACCCAACUGCUGCAGCCAGCGCAGGCGAUAUCAAAAGACCAUUGAGUUCCAAUAAUCCGUACAAUAACCAUUCUGGCACAUCUUCCGUCGAUGACGACGCGCGCCUAGCUGCCCGGUUGCAGGCUGAGGAGGAUGCUCGAGCUGGUAGGAAGAGUCCUGCGGCUAGUCGUGGCGCCGCUUCAGAAUUCUAUAACGAGGCUCCACAGCCUCAAGGAGGUUACCCGCCAUCGUCUUCACAGAGUCCUGCCCCUCCAAGCUUGCCCCAGAGGGAGCAGAAAUCUAGAGGUUUCCUAGGAAAACUGUUUGGGCAGUCCUCUGGUAGCCAGGCAGGUUACGCAUCAUCGCGUCCGCCGCAGUAUGGUUAUCAGGGAUAUCCGCAGGGCGGUUACCCCGGUGGCUAUGGUGGUUACCCUCCCCAACAACCAAUGGGUUAUGGAUAUCCGCCACAGGGGGGUUACUAUCCCCCACAGCAAGUGCCGCCGAGAAAAUCAGGGUUGGGUACUGGAGCUGCUGCGGCAUUAGGCGUCGGAGGAGGACUUAUCGGUGGUGCUUUGCUUGCGGAUGCUUUUGAAGAUCAUGAACAAGAUGUGUACGACGCUGGUUAUGACAAUGGCUACGAUGACGGUGGUGAUUUUGGCGGUGAUUUUUAA